ACAGAAGAGAACCUCACCCUUGCCCCUGGCGCCUACUGGGACAAGUUUCUGAGCGUCGAGCUAGCGGCAACCGUGAAGGACAAACUUCCUGAGCCGAGAUACGAGCCCGAUGAGACGACCGUUGCUGUGAGCGUAGAGAAACGUAGCGAACGUAACAUGAGAAAGCAAUUCGAUGGCCUUGACGUUGACUGGACGACGAUAGAAGAUAAGCUGAGA